AUGUCUUUUGGACAAAAACCAGCGGCCUGGGGUCGACAACCAGGUAAGAGUCUCGUCGGCCCAGCCAUUAAUAGCUACCUUUAUUUUUAACCUUAUGUUUUUCUUUCUUAGCGCCACAGAAUCAGCAACUGAAUCCGAAUCUGUUCGCGAAUCCGCUUGGUGCUCAAUUGGGACAACAGUUCGGUGGCCAAGUGAAUCCAAUGCAGUUGGGCAACAUCAAUGCAUUAGUGAAUCCGGCCGCGUUCGGCGGCAAUAUCAAUAACUUGAACAUGAUCGCUCAAGCUCGUCAGCUGAUGCCUCCACAGCAACAGCCACCACAACAACAACAGGGUCGAGCAUCCAGUCCUCAAGGGGCGAAACAGCCGAACCAGCGAACAUUUGUCGGUACAGUGACAAAGAUGAUGGAAACUUAUGGAUUCAUCGACGAGGACGUAUUCUUUCAAACUAGGUAUAUAGAAAAGUAAAAAUAAGAGUCUUGUUUAGUGUUAUAAGAGGUCCACCACCGAGAAUUGGAGAUCGUGUCAUGGUAGACGCCACCUUCAAUCCUUCUAUGCCCUUCAAGUGGAAUGGGUAUCGAGUUCAGUUGAUUCAGGACGCUGCUCCUUCUAUUCAACCUCCGAGUCGUGAGCAUGGGCGUUGGGAAGGUAAUGAUCGCCCAGCUCGUGAGGAACAUCGUUCAUCUGAUCGUCGUCAAGGCUCUCGUCGGUCACCGGCAAGAAGAGAACGUUCGCCAGUUAGAAGAUCACCCCAAGUUCGGAAGGAACGGUCUCCAGCUCUAAAACGAGCUUCUCCAAAGCGAGAGACAGUUAAAAGGGAGAGAGAACGAAGUCCCCGGCCAAGCCGUGAGCCUAAAACUCGAACUCCAGUGCCAAGUAAAGGCAGAGAUGCUGAUUCUCCGCCACGCAGAAGACAGAGGAUUAUUCCACGAUAUCAGUGCUAUGUUCCACGGCCAUUUAUUGACAGGUAUUUAUAAUAGUUUGUUUUAGAAGUCUAGAAUUUGUUACCUAAUUUAUUCGUCACAAGCAAAAAAAAUUUAACGAUAAAAAAGCUUUGAAUAUUUAAACAAAUUUUAAAAACAAUAAUAUACUGCAUUAAAAGAAAGUAAAGAUAUUUUACAGAAGGUUUUUUGUUAAAUGAAUAUAUAUUAUACAGCAUCAUGCACCUUUGAAAGACAUUAAAUUAUCUAAAAUAUACAAUAAGAAGAUUUUAGUUUUGCUCACUACACGUAUCUCCACAAGCGCUACCCAAAUCUCUACAUCCCGUCCGACUUUGUUCGAGUUGACUUGUCUUGGCCAAAGUCGUUCAAUCUUGGAGAACCGAUCUCAUUCGCUCCAGCCGGAGUGCCAUUUAGUAUUUUGAGUAAGAGUGUGGACUACCCAGGCGACGACUUGCCUUCUGAACAACCCUCGGAUGCCGACUCAAAGUAUCUUGUUAAAGUUUUGUUGUUAUCACAUCCCGGUGCUGCUUUGAUUCGACAAAAGACUACGGGGCUAUUGGUCGAUGGUACUAUAGACGAGGCUCAAGAGUGUCAAAACUUCUCAAAGGUUUUACAGUUGUUAGUUGGUAAGGAAUUCAGUUUUGUUGUUUUUUUUUGUUUUUAGGUAUGAACUGAGUGGUAUUGCGUUUUAAAAACAAGUAGUUAAUAGAAACAAAUACUUGUGUCUACAAUAUUUACUGUCACUGUUUAGGAAUGCGUGGUAAGAGUGAAUUCAUGGGUAUUGGAGGAGCAUGGAGUCCUUCUUUAGAUGGAGAGGAUCCUCUAGAUCCUCAGACGUUGAUUAACACAGCUGUUCGUACCACAAAGGCUACAACUGGUGUAGAUCUGCAGAAGUGUCCAGUAUGGUGAGUAUAACUGAAUUUUUACAAGUUAAAACGGAUUUUUGGGUAACAAAGCAAAAUUUUUGGGUAUAAAGGACUAUUAGAGGCAUGGUUAACAUUUUUUUUAAUUGUUUUGCAAUGAAUUUUGUGACACUAAGGUGUAACAUGUUAAAAGUUCAAUUUUGUUAUUGUAGGAAGAGGUUUUAUAUUUUGCAUGUACUAUCUUGUUUAAAAUUUAUGGUUUCACUAAAAAUUUCAUUAUUUCACCACAAUGUUAACCAUGCUUUCUAAAAGCCUACUAUUAAUAUACAUUUUGUCUUACGAAAAUGGUGAAAUAUGUAACAUACGAAGAUGAUAUGUUGGUAUACGGUCAUGCAUUGUCAUGAUUUUCUCUCUCUUUGUUUUGUUCUCUGCAUUCGUUAUAUCCACUCAGGUAUCAAAUGGCGCAAAUUCAUUACAAUCGCGGCGAUCGUCGGGACCUGGUCACGUUGAUGUUGCCUGAUGUCAGCUCGACUCCUGACCUCUGUCCCACGUCGGAAGCCUACAAAACCCUGGUGGAGGAGGUGUUGCCGGCCCAACUUCAGACUAAACUCGCUGCUAUCGAGGCGGAAGAGUUCAAGCCGAGCGAAGAGCUUGUUAAGAAGCUAGGUAUUGGCCAAGAGGAGAAGAAAGAAGAACAACAAGAAUCAGAGAAGGCUACAGAGACAGAGAAAGCAGCAGAAGAACCGAAUAAUGGUGCUGGAGAUGCUAAUGAGACUACUCAAACUACUGCGGCCGACGAUGCUACCAAUGGUACCACCGAGCCCACAAAUGGUACCACCGAGCCUACUAAUGGUACCACUGAGGUGAAGAAUGGAACCACAGAAACAGAGGUGCAGUCUUGUUCUCUCCUGAAUACUUUUGGGCAUUUGUUUGGUGUUUUGUGUGCUUUUUGUGUGACGUUUGUUAUUAGUUCGUAACCAUGUCUAGGCUAACGAUAGGGCUGUGACAAAGCUUAUAUAAACACAUAACUAAAGCUUAAAUCAUAUCGUAGAAUAAUCUUUAUGUUAUACGAUAUAACUAGGUUUUAUGCUGUGGUAAAGAAAUGUUUUAUCACUUGGUGAAACAUGUUAUCUUACUGUAGGGCUAUGUUUUAUCGUAUAGUAAAUAAUAUUAAGAACUGUUUGAUUUGAGCUUUAGAUGACAUUACUUUUUAUAUAUCUUUACGGGGAUUUCUUGUAUUAUUCUUCAAUUAUUUUUAGUACUUUUUUCUAAUUUUUGGUUUUAUAGAAGGCUCCAGAAGCUGAAGAAAAGAAUGGCAAUGAAGAGAAAGAAGCUGAGAAGACAGACGCAUCUCAAGAAAGUGAAGAACUGAAGCCAACUCAUUGGUCCGAGUUGAUUGUCAAGGCAAUGAAAGUAGGUGUAGUUUGAUAUAGCAUAUUCAUAUCAUCUGUCAGUUCUUGUAUACCUAAACUUGCUAAUAAUAAUAAUAUUUGAUGUAUUUCUACAUUAUUGUAUCUAAACCUUAUAUUUUAGGUCGCAGACUUACGAGAAGAAUUAGAGUUGAGAAAGAUCGACUCCCGAGGUGUUAAGAACGCGUUAGCUCAACGGCUUCAAGAAUCUCUCGAUAAAGAAAAGGAGGAAGAAGAAGCUAAUGCAAGUCAAGGUGAUCUUAUCAUGACUGAUGAAGUGGCCGAAGAAGCAGCUUCAGCUGAACAAAAAGAAGUUGUGGAAGAGGAAAAGAAAGAAACAGUACCAGAAGCAAAGGAAGAAGAGUUGGUUGAAAAGAUGGAGACUGAAGAGCCGGUUGUCACUGUAUGUUUUUGUUAUUAUCAGAGUGUAACAUUUGUUUAACAGUAAUUUCUAUGUUUAAUUUAUGGUUAGGGGUAGGAAUGCGGGAGUUGAAAAUGUUUUUAGUUUGUAAAAAAAAUUUUUUGUUCGAAGAAUGUAGUGUUCUCAAGACGCAUCUAGCGUCAUUUUAAACGCAAUGAUUCAUAUUUAUAAUUCCAGGAAGAGCCAAAAGAAGAAAAGCCAAAGUACGAAAGUGAUCCGGCCUACAAGAAGGAAUUGGACACAUUCGAGAAACAGAAGAAACAAAGAAAGGCAGAACUCGAGAAGCAGUACAGCUUCCCCAAAGAGCCUUCUGUUCUGGUCUACCCAAGCAAAACAGCCAAAUCUGGAAAAUUUACUUGCAAAUUGUCUUCACUCCAAACUGUUCUGGAUUACAGACACGAUGACAACAAGGAGGCUAGCUUCGAAGUAAGAUUUUUUGAUAAAUUUAAUUUUUUGGUUAUUUUUGAUACAAUUUUUACGAUUUUUACUUCAAGAUAUUCUAUAUUAUUAACUUUUUGAAGUUUUUAAAAAUUUUGUUUUAGGUAUUCGUUUUCGCCGAAGCUCUGAAAGAAGCUAUUGACCGCUCAAACGCCUUUGGCGUCUUUUAUUACCUUAACUCUAUCUUGGACAAGGAAGGUGAAAAGACAAGACGAGAUGAAGCUCUAGCCAAACCAGAUGAGAAAGAAGUCAAAGCAGAAGAAGAAGAAAAUAAGGAUGAAAAUAAAGAAGAAAAGAAGGAAGUAACAGAAGAAGGGUCGGAAAAAGAAGAGAAAGAGAAAAAGGAUUCCAAGAAAGAAGAUAAGAAAGAUGAAAAGAAAGAUGAAAAGAAGGAAGAAAAGAAAGAAUCAGUUGACUUGAGAACUCAGUUUAGAGCUCUGGUUAACAAUGUCAAUGCUUUUCAAGUGUUCUCUCACUUUGAUAUCAAUGGUUGUGGGUAAGGUUUUCGAAUUUGUGGGCUUCUAAGUUGAAUUAACUACGAUUUUAAUGGGAAAAAGAUUUGAGAAUUGAUAAUUAAAAUUUAGACAAUAAUAAUAUCUUUUAUUAAAAACUUAAUUUUAGAUACUUAACCGAUCGUGACCUGGAAGAAGUCGUAAACUCCAUUGGGUUAGACAUCUCUCGUAGUUCCAUCUCCAAAAUUGUAAAGAAGGUUUCGUCCAGAGACCGCUUCAACUACCGUAACAUUACCGACAAAUGGGUCGACAAAGAUGGAAAUGCCAAAUACAUAUCAGAACUGGUACCAGAUGCACCAUCCAGAGAAGAGUUGUACAAAACAUAUGUAGCUGAUGUUAAAGUGUCUGACGCUACGCCAGCUUCAACCUCGACUCCAGAUGUCACAGCAACUGGUGUUGUGUUCUACAAGGGGACCGUCUUGAAUAUUACUCAAUCAUUAGAGGCCAAGAAGAUUGUCGAGGACGAGAGAAGCGAAGCCUUGUUGAAGAUUGAACAGUUGGAGGCCAAUUUGAGUAGGUUUUGCUAUGUUAAUAUGUUGUAGCUGAUUUCACUAUUGGUUAAAAAUUAUUGGGCGCUUUUUUCAAAAAUUAGGUAAUAUCUUGUUAAAUGAAACUGUAAAUGCGCAAGUUUAUAUUGUAUAUUAUGAUUGUUUUUUAUUAUUAAUUGUUGUUUAUAGAAAACGUCAAAGACCAAAGAGACAGGUAUGACAAAAAGAGAAAGUACUUGGAAGAAGACGUCGAGAAGUACAAGAAACGAUUGCAUGAUGCUGAGAAAUGCUUAAAGGUAUGAAAAUUUUAAGGUUUUUCUUUUAUAGAUUGGCUUUACAUACUUUUUUUAUACUUUUUUUAAUGGUUUUUGAUAAAAAUUAUUUCUAGAAUUCCCAAGAUGACACUGUGCUGAUGAAAUCCUCUCUUCUGGACGUCAAAAAGCUAGGAGAACGUCUUCAAGGUAUCGUUGAUAGAGUUCUGCCUCCACCAAAGAAGGAGAAGAAGGAAGAAAAGAAAGAAAAGUCGAAAGAAGAGAAGGAUGACAAAGACUCGAAGAAAGACGACAAAGAAGCAACAAAAUCAGAUGAAAAGUCGGAUAACGCCGAGAACAAUGAAGAGAACGCUUCUCAGAAAACCGAAGCCACCAACGAAGAAGCUGAAGCCCAAAAUCAAAGCCUAGAAUCCAUGGAGAUUUCAGGAGAGUUGGAAGAGAAGAAGGAGGAAGAAACCGCGGCCCAAGAUGCAUAG